UCCUUCCUUCCUCGCAAUCUUUCCUUCCUCACUUCCUAUCUUGCUUCCUCGCUUCCUUCCUUCCUCGCUUCAUUCCCUCCUUGCUUCCUCGCUUCCUUCUUUCCUCGUUUCCCUCUUUCCUUUCCUUGCUUUUUUCCUUCCUCGCUCCCUUCUUUCCCCCUUCUUUGCUUCCUCGCUUCCUUCACAAAUUUCUUCCUCAUUUCCUUCCUUUCUUCCUUCCUUUCUUGCUUCAUUCCCUCCUUCCAUGCUUCCUCGCGUCCUUCCUUGCUUCCUCGCUUUCUUCCUUGCUUCCUCGCUUCCUUCUUUCCUUGCUUCCUCGCUUCCUUCCUUCGUCACUUCCCUCCUUCCUUGCUUUCAUCCUUCCUCGCUUCCUUCUUUCCUCAUUCCUUGCUUCCUCGCUUCUUUCGUUUUUUCCUCGCGUCCUUCCUUUCUCGCUCCAUUCCUUUCUUGCAUCUCUUGCUUCCAUCUUUCCUCCUUCCUUGCUUCCUCGCUUCCUUCUUUCCUUGCUUCAUCGCUUCCUUCCUUCCUCACUUCCCUCCUUCCUUCCUUGCUUUCUUCCUUCCUCACUUCCUCCUUUCCUCCUUCCUUGUUUCCUCGUUUCCUUUAUUCUUUCCUCGUGUCCUUCAUUUCUCGCUUCUUUUCUUCCUUGCUUUCUUCCCUCCUUGCUUCCUUGCAUUCUCGCCUUCUUCCUUCCUUCCUUACUUACUUCCUUGCUUUUUUCCUUCCUUUCCUUGCGUCUUUGCUUGCUUCCUUCCUUCCUUGCUUCCUCGUUUCCUUCCUUCUUUGCUUCCUGGCUUCCUUUCUUCCUCGCUUCCUUACUUCCUAGCUUCCCUGCUUAAUUCUUUACUUGCAUCGUUCCUUCCUUGCUCCCUCGGUUCCUUCCUUCCUUUCUUCCUCAGUUGCUUCCUUGCUUACUUCCUCGCUUUCUUCCCUCCUCGCUUUCUCGUUUCCUUGCUUCCUUCCUUCCUUACUUCAUUGCUUCAUUGCUUCUUUCCUUCCCUCCUUCCUUCCUUUUUUCCUUCCUUGCUUACUUACAUUACUCCCACCUUCACAUCUUCGAUUUACUUCCUCCAUUCCUUCUUUACUUGCUUGCUAACUCAAUUACUUAAUUCUACGCAUGUUUACUUCCUCACGUCCUUGCUUGCUUUCUUGAUUAUUUACAUUCCUUCAUAUGGCAGUGGAAAGACAAAUUUUGAUGAAAACCAGCAAACGAACAAACGAACAAGGAAAGAACGCACGGAUGGACAGAAGAACAGCCGAAAAAACAAUGAAUGAACAAACGGACGGAUAGGCGACCAAAAGAACGCAUGAAGGAAAGAUAGAAGAAAACAAUUUACAAAAGAUCGAACCCACGCACGCAAGAACGUAGUUACAAACGAACGCACGAAUGAACGCACGCACGAACGAACACACAAACGAACGCAAAAAGAACGAACAGACGAGCGCACGCAUGUAUGGACGGUUGAACGGAAGCACGCACGGACGAACGGACGACUAGACGGACGAACCCACGAACGAAAGGGCAGUCAGACGAAAGCAAGCACAAACGGACGGUCAGACGAACGCAUGGGAUGCACGCACGAACGAACGAAUGGACGGUCGGACGAACGCUGCCACGAACGCAUGAUUGGGCGAUGCACGCACGAACGAUCAAUCGGUCGGAUGAACGCACGCAUGAACGAACGUACCGUCGGACGAACGCACGCACGAACGAAUGGUCGGUCGAAUGCACGCACGAAUGAACGGUCGGACAAAGAAACCAAUAAAAUAUAUGUGUCCUCAGAAGUAUAAUCCUUGGAAUAGUUAAUUAUGUAGAAUGUACAUUUAACUCCGAAAUAUACAAAGUUUAUUUACAUAUAAAAAUUUGAUCAUGCCGCUGACAGAUGGAUUAGACUGCCUGAAGUUGAAGAAGAAAUAUUUGUGAU